ACUUCCGCCGCGGCCGCGUCCGGCGGCGUUGCUGCCGUAAGUGGGGCCGGCGGUUUGCCGCAUCACGGAAGAUGGCGGCGGCGGCGGUGAACGGGGCCACGGGCCUCUCGGGGUCCGGGCCCGCGGCGGCGGCCUCGGGCGCCGUUUUGCAGGCAGCGGCCGGCAUGUACGAGCAGCUCAAGGGCGAGUGGAACCGUAAAAGCCCCAAUCUUAGCAAAUGCGGCGAAGAGCUGGGCCGUCUCAAGGUACCGGGCGCUGCGAGGGAGCCCGUGCGGCCGCGGCGGGCUGGGGGUCCCCGAGGGGCGAGGCUGGUUCUCCUGGAACUCAAUUUCCUGCCAACCACUGGGACCAAACUGACCAGACAGCAGCUCAUUCUGGCUCGUGACAUCCUGGAGAUCGGAGCCCAGUGGAGCAUCCUCCGCAAAGAUAUCCCGUCCUUCGAGCGCUACAUGGCUCAGCUCAAGUGCUACUACUUUGACUACAAGGAUCAGCUUCCUGAGUCGGCCUACAUGCACCAGCUCUUGGGCCUCAACCUCCUCUUCCUGCUGUCCCAGAACCGGGUGGCUGAAUUCCACACGGAGCUGGAGCGGCUGCCUGCCAAGGACAUCCAGACCAAUGUGUACAUCAAGCAUCCCGUGUCCCUUGAGCAGUACCUGAUGGAGGGGAGCUACAACAAGGUGUUCCUGGCCAAAGGCAACAUCCCAGCUGAGAGCUAUACCUUCUUCAUCGACAUCCUGCUUGACACCAUCAGGGAUGAGAUUGCGGGGUGCAUCGAGAAAGCCUACGAGAAAAUCCUCUUCACUGAAGCCACCCGCAUCCUCUUCUUCAGUACCCCUAAAAAGAUGACAGACUACGCCAAGAAGCGCGGGUGGGUCCUGGGCCUCAACAACUACUACAGUUUUGCCAGCCAGCAGCAGAAGCCGGAAGACACGACCAUCCCCUCCACAGAACUGGCCAAGCAGGUGAUCGAGUACGCGCGGCAGCUGGAGAUGAUCGUCUGAGCCUGCUGGCCCGGGGGCCGGGCCUAGGCCAGCGCUGAAGUUCCAGGCAAAGCUUCUUCCAAUAAAUGGAUUGACAUCCUU